UCCAGAGUCAUUCACUCAUGACAGUCGAUCGUUGUGAGAUUUCUGUUCAAAAGAAAAAUGAAUAGUAAUUUUAUCCAGAGUCAUCCAGCUCCAUGGCAUUGGCAUCUGAUCUGACGAAUGAUUGAGAGAAAAUGAUGAACAGUUUUAUCAUGUGUAACGCCUUCAUAAAUACGUUGGAUGAUUCUAGACAACCAAUCACUAUUCAAGUCAGGGAGGGAGUGAGAUGCCCUGACCGGCUGACCCCCAAGAAUGGAAGGAGGCCGUGCGGGGAGACGACGGCCGCAGUGGAAAGCGUCUGAAGGGGAAGGGAGCGGGAAAUGCCAUUGGUGGCGGCGGCAGUGAGGGUGGUGGAGGAAGAAUCAGGGCGUUUGGAUAACGGAAGGAGGCAUUCCGAUUGUGGGGCGAGAGAGAGAGAGAGAGAUUCAAACAGUGGAUGGAAUCCAACAACUGCAUGGAGGGUGCUGCAGCGCGCCGUGGACUGGGGUGCGGCUGGUAGUGGGAGACGAAGACGACAUGGGAAGAGGAUGCACCCGUCGCCAUCAUCACCCCUUGAGCCCAAGAAUGUUGCAGCAAGAAUUAUUUCUGUUGCUCUCUCAUAAUUGCACCACCAUGAGAGAACUCGCUCAAAUACAUGCUCAGAUUUUUCUGAACGGUUUUUCCCAUAAGAAAUUCCUGCUAGCAAAGCUUGUAUCUUUCUGUGCCACCUCCCCCUCCGGAGACGUCCUUUACGCUUACCACGCCUUCAGACAGGUUGACAACCCAAGCACGCUGCUGUGGAACCAGAUGAUCAGAGGCUUCUCCGGAAGUGGCAGCCCCAAGAGGUCGUUCGCCCUGCUCAACGAGAUGCAAGGGCAAGAAAGAAAAGCGAGCAAGCCCGACUCCUUCACUUUCUGCUUUCUUCUCAACGCGUGCCGAUCCCCCUCUUCUGUAAGAUGUGCCCAGCAGAUACACGGCAAAGUCCUUCGCAAUGGCCUCGUCUCUGAUGCCCAUGUGAAGGCGAACCUCCUCAAUGCUUAUUGUGAGGGCAGGGAUCUUGCCAGCGCGCGCCUUAUGUUUGACGAAAUGCCUGAACGAUGCACGAUUGACUGGAAUAUCAUGGUCCGGGGCUACAUCAAGUGCGGAAAUCCGGAUGCCGCGAGGAGCUUGUUUGUCGAAAUGCCGGAGAGGAGCAUCAUCUCCUGGACGACCAUGAUCUCGGGCUGUGCACAGUCGGGAAGGUGCAAGGAAGCGCUAAUAUUGUUCCACCAAAUGCAGAGGAGCUGGGGAGUGGAGAUUGAUCAAGUCGUGUUGGUGAGCGUCCUGUCUGCGUGUGCCGAACUAGGUGCCCUGGACUUAGGUAGAUGGGUGCAUACAUACGCGGACAGGAUGGGCUUUGUGCGAAAUGUCUCGCUUGGCAAUGCCUUGGUUCACAUGUACUCCAAAUGCGGGCUCAUCGACAUGGCAUACCGGGUGUUCAGGAACAUAACUGGGAGAACUGUCGUGUCUUGGACGGCCAUGAUCAAUGGUUUCGCGAUGAAUGGUCGAAGUGAGGAAGCCUUGAACACCUUCCAUUGCAUGCAAGCAGCAGGAGUGAAGCCAGAUGGCGUUACCUUUAUCGCGGUGCUGGGAGCGUGUGCGCAUGCAGGAUCGGUUAAACGAGGUUGGGAUCUGUUCAAAUCCAUGACUCGUGCUUACGGCAUCGAACCGCAAGCAUUGCAUUACGGCUGCAUGGUCGAUCUGCUUGGGCGCGCGGGCCACCUUGACGAAGCCCAGAAGCUGAUGGAGUCGAUGCCCUUUGGUCCGAAUGAUGUUGUCUGGGGUGCUUUGCUUGCCGGUUGCAGGACCCACGAGGACGUAAAGCGUGCAGAGCUGGCGGCCGCUCGGCUUGUGGAGAUGGAACCAGAAAAUGCUGCCAGCUGCCUGGUCCUCAUGGCCAACACAUUUGCAGCAGCUCAACGGUGGGACGACCUGGUCCGACUGCGUAACCUGAUGGACAUGAGGGGAAGAAGGAAGCCGCCAGGGUGCAGUUGGAUAGAGGUCGACGACUCGAGCUACGGGGGCACAACUGAAGGCACCAUGAUUGAUGAGGUUUAGCCUUGGCAAAAUCUGCAGGCUAUGUGCCGGAUACGCCACCAGUGUUGCCAGACGUUGAUGAUGAAGAAAAGGAGAAUAUUCAUCAACAAGCACGGCGAAAAAGAAAAUGGCGUUUGGAUUGGUCAGAACUCCUCGUGGCACGACAAUUCGGAUUGCCCACAACCUUCGUAUCUGCAAUAAAUGUCAUUCCAUGGCAAAGAUAAUAUAUGAACCAUGCAAUUUGGAUGGGAAUUGCUUUCAUUAUGCACGUGCAAGGAUUGCAUGUGAAGUGUUGAAAACUUUGGGCAUGGAGAAAGAAAAGAAUCAACGCCAUCUGCUGGGUGACUUGACGGUGCUGGGUCCUGGCGUUAAGCCCCAAUCAAAGAUACAAGUUGUCCGGCUGCUGCAUCUCCUCCCCCCCAAUGCUGAUUUCUUCCUGGAAUCGGAACCCGGAUGCGUAACCUGCUGUCUCAGAUAUAUGAUAAUAUAAUAUUGCUCCAUUUUUGAAGUCAGGUCUGGUAAAAAUAUCCAAAUCCAAUUAUUGAUCGGAUUCAAAAUCGACAUGCAAUUUUGUAGUUCUAUCUGAAUCUAAGUCCAAUAUCCAACUGAGAUCUGAUAAAGAUGUGACUCAGUUACAUUACAUACAGAUGCCGAAUCUUAUGUUAGUCUAAUUUGAAUUCAGUUUGGAAUAAGUAGUAUCCAAAUCC